CUUAGCAACCUCAUCGGAGGGAUUGGUUACUUCCACGGCCAUUCGAAAGUCCAGUCGCCUUACAACUCUGCCCCUGUGCCGUACUGGACGUCCAGUCUGUACACGGCCGUCCCCUCGAGAAGCUUCUUCCCCCGCGGGUUCCUCUGGGACGAGGGCUUCCAUCUCCUCCUCAUCAACAAGUGGAACCCUGAAAUCUCCAUCGACAUCAUUUCCCACUGGCUCGACAUGAUGAACACGGAAGGCUGGAUCCCCGAGAACAGAUUCUUGGCGACGAGGCCUGCCCGAGUCCCGGAGGAGUUUGUCGUCCAACGGAACGACGUCGCCAAUCCUCCCACGCUCAUCAUGGCGGUGUUCGACCUCAUCCAACGCCACCGCGAAUGGCUCCUGAUCAAUCAUAAGGCCACCUUGCAGCGAAUGUGGCCCCGCUUGUCGACCUGGUACCAGUGGCUGAAUAAGACCCAGAUGGGAGAGACGCCCUUCACUUAUCGCUGGCGAGGUCGAAAUGCUUCCACCCUGCGGGAACUCAAUCCCAAAACGUUAGCCUCCGGGUUGGACGAUUACCCCCGAGCGUCCCACCCCACCGAGGACGAGCGCCACUUGGACCUCCGCUGUUGGAUGUCUCUCUGUUCUAAACUGAUGGGCGAGCUGGCCGAACUUUUGGACUAUGACGCCACCCGGUUUCGCUACACAUAUGAAAAGCUCACGGAUCAAGACCUCCUCGACAAGCUCCACUGGUCACCGAAACUCGGAGCUUAUACCGAUUAUGGAAACCAUUCAGAUAAAGUCGUACUAAAACAAGCACCCGUCAUUCCCCCGAAAAGCGGGCAACGUCCGGUCCAACCUCAAGAAAAGGUUCGGCACGCCGUGCAACCACCGGAACUCGGUUUUGUCAACAUGUUCGGCUACGUCAGCUUGUUCCCCUUGAUUUUGGGGAUUUUGAAACCCGACUCGCCCACCUUCACGGCCACCCUGGACAAGUUGGAUAACCCCAAAUUGCUCUGGACCCCGUACGGGCUUCGUUCCCUGGCCGCCAAUCGCCUGUACAACAAGCGGAACACGGAGCAUGACCCGCCCUACUGGCGAGGCCCCGUCUGGAUCAACGUCAACUUCCUCACGCUCAAAGCCCUGCAUGACUACUCGAAAAUGGGCGGAAGUGGGGCCGUCUUGGCGAAGGAGAAGUAUCACAAGUUACGGGAGAACGUGGUCAAUAACGUGGUCAGUCAGUACCACAAGACGGGCUACGUUUGGGAGCAGUACGACGACGCGACAGGGAAAGGGAAGGGUUGCCGACCCUUCACCGGCUGGUCGUCGCUCGUUGUUCUGAUGAUGGCGGAAGAAUAUUGAGGCUAAUGAUAUCUAUUCUAUGUGUAGCAGGAUAUGUAAAUAUAUGCAUAAAGAUAGCCUAUGAAUAUAUUUACGCAGAUAAUUAAUAAUUAUGUAAAUAUUGUACCACGUACUUAGUUCCUAAAUGACCCUCAUGUCCAACAGGUUGCCACCACUUUCUUGUUGUCUUUGGCUUGGCUAUUUUUUCUACAAUGAGGAAAUUCACAUCAAUCUUUGUAAACUUUAUCACAUUUACAAAGUUGGUGUGAAGAUAGCCUCCGCAAUACUCUAGCAACAACAAUGUAUGAUUGAUUUUGUACCCCAAUAUGGAUAAAUAUGUAACAUAAAUAUUAACUUAUUUUAUAGAUAUUCCAAUAUUCCUCCUUUUCUUGUAAUGUUUGCUGCUUUUUAUAAUUGUGAUAAUGUACAGUUUUAUUGUUUGUAUAAAAUGAUUAGCUGCUGUAAGAAUAUAUAAGUAACGUAUUAAAUAGUAGCUUAUAUUAGCUGAUAUUUGUUGAUAGUUGAAUAAAGUUUACAAUACAAUACAAUACAAUUUAAAAUGAUAAAUAAAGAGAA